AAAAAGAAGCUAAGAACAUAUUUUUCAAACCAAAGUUCUGACUUUUCAGUAGAAGACAUUGUUGGUAUUUCAACUCUCAAAUAUUCUUGAAGUGGUCUUUUUUCUCCCCCAAAUUUUGUUCAUUUCCAUCAAUUUCUGAAUUUAGAGAUAUACCCAUGUUGACUUCAUUGUCCAAUAAUGGACGCAGUUAUGAGGUUUUCCUAAGCUUUAGGGGAGAAGACACUAGAAAAACAUUUGUGGGUCAUCUGUUUAAUGCUCUUAUUGAAAAGGGUAUUCACACAUUCAUGGAUGAUAAGGAGUUAAAGAGAGGGAAGUCAAUCUCAUCUGAACUCAUGAAAGCCAUUGGAGAAUCAAGAUUUGCUGUUGUUGUCUUUUCCAAGAACUAUGCUUCAUCUACAUGGUGCUUGGAAGAACUGGUAAAGAUUCUUGAAAUUCAUGAAAAAUUUGAGCUAAUUGUUGUCCCAGUUUUCUAUGAUGUGGAUCCAUCAACUGUGAGGAAACAAAAUGGGGAGUAUGCUGUGCUUUUUACUAAAUUUGAGGCUAACUUGGUUGAUGAUAAGAACAAAGUGCUAAGGUGGAGGGAAGCACUUACUAAGGUAGCUAACAUAUCAGGGCAUGAUUUGCGCAACACUUACAAUGGGGAUGAAUCGAAAUGCAUACAACAGAUUGUGAGAGACAUAUUCGACAAAUUUUGUUUCUCUAUCUCAAUAACUAACAGAGAUUUAGUUGGAAUAGAAUCUCAAAUUAAGAAACUAAGUUCAUUGUUGAGGAUGGACCUGAAAGGAGUUCGUCUUGUUGGUAUUUGGGGGAUGGGUGGUGUGGGAAAGACAACUGCUGCAAGAGCAUUGUUCAACAGAUACUAUCAGAGUUUUGAAGGUGCUUGUUUUCUCGAAGAUGUAAAAGAAUAUCUACAACACCAUACCUUGUUGUAUUUGCAGAAGACUCUCCUUUCCAAAUUGUUGAAGGUAGAAUUUGUAGAUUGUACUGAUACUGAAGAAAUGUGUGCAAUAUUAAAGAGGAGACUUUGUUCUAAGAAAGUUCUGGUUGUUCUUGAUGAUGUUAAUCAUAAUGACCAGCUGGAUAAGCUCGUCGGAGCUGAAGAUUGGUUUGGUAGUGGUAGUAGAAUUGUUAUCACAACUAGGGAUAUGAAACUAUUGAAAAACCAUGAUGUGCAUGAAACUUACGAGGUAAAGGUUUUGGAAAGAGAUGAAGCAAUUGAGCUUUUCAAUUUGCACGCAUUCAAGAGAAAUUCACCUGAAAAGGAGUUUAAGGAGCUCUUAAAUCUUGUGGUAGAUUAUACUGGAGGCCUUCCUUUAGCUCUUAAGGUGCUUGGUUCUCUGCUGUACAAGGAAGAUCUUGAUGUAUGGAUAAGUACAAUUGAUAGACUAAAAGAUACCCCUGAGGGUGAAAUUAUGGCUACACUUAAAAUAAGUUUUGAUGGAUUAAGAGAUUAUGAAAAAAGUAUAUUUUUAGAUAUUGCAUGUUUCUUCAGGGGUUACAAUCAAAGAGAUAUGACAGCAUUAUUUCACGCUUCUGGUUUCCACCCAGUUCUAGGAAUAAAGACCCUUGUUGAAAAAUCUCUCAUUUUUAUUUUAGAGGACAAAAUCCAAAUGCAUGAUUUGAUGCAAGAGAUGGGUAGACAAAUCGCAGUUCAAGAAUCACCGAUGAGAAGAAUAUAUCGUCCGGAGGAUGUGAAGGAUGCAUGCAUAGGAGAUAUGAGGAAAGAAGCAAUUGAAGGCUUGUUACUCGCAGAGCCUGAACAGUUUGAAGAGAGUGAGUUGGAAUAUAUGUACAGUGCUGAAGCUCUCAAAAAGACGAGGAGGCUGAGGAUACUUGUGAAACAAUAUUACAACAGGGGGUUUGAUGUGCCUGUUGCCUAUCUUCCUAACAGUCUGCUUUGGCUUGAAUGGCGUGACUAUUCUGCAGACUCAUUGCCAUCAAAUUUUGAACCAUCAAAGCUCGUAUAUCUUACUAUGAAGGGUAGUUCUAUCAUCGAACUCUGGAAUGGAGCAAAGAGGUUAGCAUUUUUGACAACUCUUGAUCUCAGUUAUUGCCACAAUUUGAUACAAACCCCAGAUUUUAGGAUGAUCACAAAUUUGGAAAGGUUGAUCCUGAGCUCUUGUGAUGCAUUGGUGGAAGUCCAUCCAUCUGUUGGGUUUCUCAAGAAGCUUAUUUUGUUAAAUAUGGAUCAUUGCAUAUCACUUGAGAGACUUCCAGCAAUUAUUCAAUCAGAAUGCCUUGAAGUUCUUGAUCUCAAUUGUUGCUUUAACUUGAAAAUGUUCCCGGAGGUGGAAAGGAAUAUGAAGCACUUGAAGAAACUCGACCUCACUUCAACUGGGAUAAGAGAACUGCCGCCAUCAAUUGAGCAUCUCAGUUCCCUAGAAAACCUACAAUUGCAUUCCUGCAACCAACUUGUAAGUCUCCCAAGUAGUAUUUGGAGAUUCAGAAAUCUGAAGAUUAGUAAAUGUGAGAAACUGGGGAGUUUACCAGAAAUUCACGGGAAUAGCAAUCGUACCCGUGAACUCAUCUUAAAAUUAGUUUCUAUUAAGGAGCUUCCCACCUCUAUAGGAAACCUCACCUCACUAAAUUUCCUUGAAAUCUGUAAUUGCAAAACUAUUUCCAGUAUCUCGAGCAGCAUGUGGAGAUUGACUAGUCUUACAAGUCUAAAGCUGUUAGACUGCAGAAAACUUAAAAACUUGCCCGGAACUCCCAAUGCCAUAAAUUGUUUGUCAGGACACGGACUUCAGCUCCUUCUGACAUUGGAGCAGCCCACAAUUUAUGAACAUCUUGACUUGCUUAGGAUUAUUGAUAUGAGUUGGUGUAAUUGUAUUAGCAGUCUCCCCCACAACAUUUGGUUGUUGAAAAGUUUGAGGAUUCUGCGCAUCUCUUACUGCUCGGGACUGGAAUAUUUACCAGAAAAUUUGGGUCACUUGGAACAUUUGGAGGAAUUACUUGCAGAUGGUACUGGUAUUUUAAGACUACCAUCUUCGGUUGCACGUUUAAAUAAACUUAAGGUCUUAUCAUUCAGGAAAAAGUUUGCGAUUGGACCAAAAGUCCAAUAUUCAUCAUCAAUGCUCAAUUUACCUGAUGAUGUUUUUGGAAGUCUUGGAAGCUUAGGCUCAGUGGUGAAGUUAAAUCUUAGUGGAAAUGGUUUUUGUAAUUUGCCUGAAACGAUGAAUCAACUCUUUUGCCUUGAAUACUUUGACAUAACAUUUUGCCAGAGGCUUGAAGCAUUGCCAGAGCUUCCCCCAAGCAUCAAGGAGCUAUAUGUAGAUGAACACUUGGCCUUGAGAAGCAUGGAAGAUUUAGUAAUUAAAUGCAAGGAGUUGAAUUUAAUAGCAGUCACAAAUAUUGAGUACCAAAAUUUCUAUCUAUGGUUAGACUCAAUAUGGUCAGAUGUGUCAGAACUGCUGGAGAACAGUCAGAAGCAACAAAUGGAUGAUAUGUUGCAGCUUAUUCCCUUUUCAUAUCUUUCGACGGCUAAGCGUGAGGAAGUUCUUAAGAUUGUUAUACAUGGAACUCAAAUUCCAGAAUGGUUUAGAUGGCAAGAUAGAAGUGCCACAACGAUGUCAGUCAAUCUUCCUGAACAUUGGUACACUGAAGAUUUCUUGGGAUUCGCUAUAUGCUGCGGCUGCUGCUUUUAUCAUUCUGCACGUAGUUAUGAUAUUGAAUUUGAGGGGAGCAUGCAUCAUUACAAUUAUGAUUCCAGUUAUUGGAAAGAGUAUGAGGAACCGAGUUUUGACUUUUAUGAAAGAGAUACCAUUGAGAUUACAGCAAAACUAACUCCCCGACAUAAAGGAAUGCGGACUGAAGAGCUCAAGAAAGUCUGUUCAUUUUCCAUGAAUGUGUUACGUCGUGCUACUGCUGUCCCUAAUAUGUGCUUUGCAUUUUUGCCAUUAAACAGUCUCUGUCACACAUCAAAUUUACAGUCAUAUAACCCAAAUGACUAUGGGAUAUUUGAAGCCUGUUUGAGUCCAGGUGACAUCCGCCAUCGUGGAAAACAAUGGGGGUUUAAUUUGGUGUAUAAAGAUGAAGCCGGCGGCAGUGUUACGUACGAAAUGCUCAUAAACAGAUAGAAGCUUGAUCUUGUCCUCAAAUUCUGUAGCUCUUUUCAGGUGACGAAAGAUAGAAAAAGAAUACAUAAGAAUGGAAGGGGAUUUACUCCGCAAGAAUGCAGGAUUUGUUGCUGCCUUAAAUGGUUCUGGCAUGGUUACAAUUUGCUGCUGCUUUCCAGGAUUUAAAGUGGCUGCUUCAUGUUGAUUAAUAGCUGGAGUGUUAGAGCUAAGCUGCUGCUGCCCAGACAUUAUGUUUACUGCCUUUGCUAUCGAACUAGCGGCUGUUGUGAUCUGUUGCUGCCUAGUUUUAGGAAUAAAAUCUGGGGCUUUUGCGUUUAAUUUGCUGCCUGAGUUCAACUUAGAAGAGCUGCCAAUUUUUGGUAAAGGUGAGCCAACUGAAAUCAUCUCCUCAUCUCCACUACAUCGCUCACCUUCAUCAGUCGAAUCCCUCGCAAAAUCGGCACCCCGUGGACAACACCAACUGCCCAGUAUCUCCUCCAUGCUCCCCAAACGAUUCCAACGAUUGUGAUGGUACUUCAAAGACUGAGGUGUACAAUGUUACCAAAGGUUGUUUAACCAUAUUAGUAUGCAACAUCAUCGCGUUCUGGGCAUCUUUGAUUAUUUUUCCACCUGUGGACUGGAAAAAUGCAAGGUCAGGAGCAUUGGAGCUAUGUGCUUGGUUACUCGUUAGCUCCUCCACCAAGUUGAGGCUGCAUUAGCUACUGCUCCAGUCAUUUGCUCGUCAACAGGAACAAGAGCAAGAUCUUUUUUUGAUCGAGCAUCUGCAUUCUUUAUGAAUUGCUGUUUCUUUUCACUGCCUGGAGAGUUAGACAUCCUAGUUCUUGAAGUUAAAUCUUGAUCAACCUGCUGUAUGUUCUUCUCACCAUCAUCAUUCACAUUGCCAAGAGCAUCAAAAGGAUUUGUAUUUUUUUGCACACCUGGACUGUCUCUUGCAAUCUGCAGCAGUUUUUUGCUGUUUGGAGUGCCUUUUUUGCUGGAAACUGUUGUCCAGUUAUCCUUAAUAAUAUGCUGCCCCGCUUCCUUUGUAUCAUGUCCAGCAUCAGUAGGUUUUGAACGCUUAGACUCAGCCCCUUCUAAAGCAACUUCAGCUGGAACUAAGGCAGCAGUAGAGACAUCUACAGCAGUUGUACCAAUGCACCAGCAGUAGCUGAGUACAUCCUUGCAAAAUCUGUAGAAGCAGGGAUAUCCUUCAACCUUGUAUCACCAAUUGCAGCAUUAGGAUUAGCAAUCCUAACAGGAUGUCGAUCAACAGUUGCCUCCAGCUUAGAACCAACAGCAGCUGUUUCUUGUCCAGCGUUUUUAUGAUGCUCUACAACUGCUACUGCUGUAUGCUUAGCACUGGUUGCUCCAUCAGUUCCAACCCCUGAUGCAUCAGUUGCACCCUUUGUAUCUCUAGGAGUUUUAGAUGGUCCUCAAGAUCCUUCUGCCCAAAACCUGCUACAUCCUCUUCCCCUAACGCAACAGUAAGAACAGUUCCCACAACAUCAGGCCUUUUCAAGGCCUCCUGUAAAUUUGUUCGAACUCCUGUAGAAUCCACCUUAUCAUGUCGAUUUUGCCCAGCCUCCAGUUUUUGGUUCCCAGUAAUCUGCCCAGCAACAUCUACUAUAGCCAUAUCAUCACUUGGCUUGUCAUUAGUAAACACAUCUCCUGCUACUGUCCCUUUAUCACUGUCAUUUCCUCGACCAUUCAACACCUUAUUUCCUGCUUCUAUAGCCAUCGCUUGAGAUAUCCUAGCUAAGGCACGAUCGACAUGAACAAUAGCAUCAUUCUUUGAACUCCCAGAUUUAUUAAAAAUCUGCUGCUGCCCAUUAUUUGUGGUAUCUUCUGAAUUUGACACCAUUAUUUGGCCAGCUCUUUUUGCAUUGAGAUAUUCCCUAGCAUCACCUUGUAGUUUUUCAAUAACUGGACCAUCUGCCUCGACCAAAUCAUGAUUACGUUGAGAUGCUGCCCCUGUUACUUCCUCUGUCACCACCUUUGUUCCAGCUUGUUCUUUCAUAAUUCGACACACCUUUUCGUCAUGUCCUUAAAGCUUACAAUAAGUGCAAUAUUUAGGAAGAUUGUCAUACACCACCUCCUGGUAGCUUAACCUUCUUAGGAUGUUUGUCGAGCAAAUCAAGAAUUACCUUGAUCCUAGCAGCACUAGGUCUUGUUCUUUCUUGUGUCGCCUUGUCCACAGCAAGAGCUUUACCAACAGCGGAAGCAAUAGAUAUUAACGACCUCUUAGCGAAGAAAUUAGGCGGCAAACCUGGAAAAGAGAUCCACACAACUGCCAUGGACGUUUCCUCUUUUGGAUUGAAUCCUAACGUCCAUGGAAACGUUCUGAAAAAGAAUUCAUCACCUUUUGCCUUGACAUAUCCAGUUGAUCUUGAUAAGAACUGAACAUAAUCAUUAUAGAGAUCAAAUCUGAUCAACAGAUGACGAAACUCCAGAAGUCCAAUAUUGCAGUAACCUCGAACAUCGAAUUACGACGAAAAACUCUUUCUGAAUUCCUGUAACUCAGGUUUUCCAUAUGAAAAUUUCAUUACAACUGCUUGAUGCAGUCCUUCUUCUCUUAUAAACUCAUUAACAUCAUCCAUGGUGAACUCUACAGUUGGUUCUCCAUGAUCAAACGUUACUGGACAUAAUUCAAGAUUUGACGAUUUUGCGGCAGCUUGUUUUGAUAUAAGUUGCGAUGCAUAGGACUGUUUUGGAUUAGGAUUAGGAUGUGAUUCACUAGUUAUUUGAAUGGACUCUCCCACAGCUUGGAGAGACGAUGGCAGCCAUGGCUGCCCUAGUUCACCAUGUCGCAAGAGAGAGAGAGGAGAGCGUUUUUGGGUGGGUUUUAGAAGAUGCUCAUUGCAACUGACUCUACACUUUUUUUUCUAGAACUUGUUUGUGAAGGCUCAUUUCAGAGCUAGCCAAGGAUCUGCUGGAAAUGUUGGAUCAAGCCAUUCAUGCUAAGAACUCCGUGUUUCCUCCCACUCUUCUGCUCAGGGGCGGAUCUAUUAAGGAGGAAGGGGGUGGCACGCCAUCCGCAAACCACGGCCGAAAUUUUGUAAAUAUUCUACUUAUAGAAGAGUGCAGAAGCUGCUCUCCGUCGACAUCCCUGCUUAGACACAGGGGUAUUUAAGUACUCAUAUACCUUCUGUGUUCCCUGCGCUUACACGUGUGCUGAAUUUUGGUUGUAUCAUUGUGAAGAAAUGGUGUUUAUAACAAGAAAAAGCUACCUGUAGCUUAAUCCCCAAAGUUAACUCCUUCUCACUGUUAUAUUGAUAAAAUGGAAGAAAGACUUACUAUUAGUGAAUUACACCACUAACUACAGAAUGGACUUGCAAAGUCCAAGCUGUAGACAAAUUUCGGCCGCGAGACAGUAAAGAUCAACGAGUUCAUUUUCAGACAAUAAUUGUCCAGGAUGUAAACGAGGAACAAGUUUGUGUGAUACUCUAUGGUGACGAUAUUAGAAGAUGUGAUAACUUGUUCGAACUUUUUGAGACAUAUCUGAUGUUAACUGCCAAGGUUAGAAAUCCGCAGCCUUAUUCACUACAUAUAGGCCAGUUUGAAUAGAUCGUUGACAGAUUUACUAUUGUGGAGUCUAUCCCAAAAAAUAAUGAAAAGGAGGCACCGCUACCUCCUCCGUCGAGGCUGAGUACGAUUUCGUUCGUCGACGUUGAACAACAGCCUUCCGGUGUUGAAUUUGGUACGUUUCAAAUUACCCUAUGCCUUAUAACAGCUUAAAUGCUUGGAACUCAUGCUGAAUGCAAAUAUAUUGGUUUUACGUACAUUUGUUUUUUUUUAUAACAACAAAUCUAUUAGCUCUGGUGGCAAACUGUGCGGCAAUGCAAUACACCGCUGAUCAGAGUAAGAGAUUUCAAGAGGCCGUAGUUAUGGACAAAACGUGAGUCAUUUAAUCUUCUAUUACAUAACAAAAUCUCUAGCUGACAUUUAUAAAAGUACAUGUACAGGAAGAAACCUCUCUUCUUCACUAUAUGGGAAGACUUGGCAAGCAAUGAAGGAGCUGACUUACUGAGACAAGUGAGGCAACUACAAGAAUAUCCUAUUAUUCUCGCGAAGCGGAUAGGUACCACAAAAUACCGUGGUGUUUCCUGUUUGGCAACAAGAUACAACUACACAAUCUUAAUCAAUCCCCCAUAUGUGCAAGCAACUGAAUUACGGAAUUGGAUAAAUGAGAACAAACAAAUGUUAAUCGAAUACACAGUGAAGAGUUCAGCAGAGUCAGCUUCAUCGCUUAAUCUUGUAGCUGCUGACGAUGAAAUAUUAUCUGUUUAAGCUAUUGCUACGCAAACCUCCGCUGUGAGUUCAUUAAAUUACAAAAUAAAAUGUCGAAAACUGCCACACCAUGUAUCUUUUAUAGAAUAUGGAUAACUGUUCAAUAUGAUCUAAUAUGCUACUGUCGGGAAUUUUAUUAUGAGGAUUGGUAUAUAAAAAUUAUUUUUAGUGUUCUUUGUUCUUA